UUUCUUGAUUUUACUCCCCCAUCGUCAAAUUCCUCUUUAUACACUCCUUCAAUCACCCUUCGCCUUUCAGCCGAUCGGUUUCAAUUGAAUUAAAACAUUCACAUUUAUCUUUAUUUAUCAAUUCAGCUUCAAUACUUGUUCUUGGGUUUGUUAGAUUUUGGGGUAUUUUUUUGAUAAAAUCGGGUGGUAUUUGUCAAGGACGAUGAUAAGGGUUCAUUGUUCUUUCGAUCGUCGUUGAUCGUCGGAUACGAAAGGGGGUUCGGGCUUUGUAUGGAAACUCGUAGCCGGAAGAGGGCGGAGGCCACCUCAUCAGCCCAUUCUUCUUCGUCAUCCGGCGGUCCUACCAUCCGUUCUAGCAAACGCACCCGUCUUUCUACUACCACCUCCUCCUCUGCCUCAGCCGCAGCAGCUACCAACGUCGUCGUUUCUACUCGUUCACGCGCUUGUAAUAUGGAUAAUUCCACCAAUGAAUCAUCCGGGUCCGGGUCGGGUCGAGGCCGUCGUAGUAGGAAGAAUACUAAUAACCAGAAUAUGGGAUCGGAUAGGGAUAAUUCCGAUAAAGGGAAAGAGAAAGAACAUGAAGUUAGGGUUAAGGAUAGAGAUAAUAGUAUUAGAGACAACAACUUAGGACUGAAUAUCGAUGGUGGCGUCGGCGGAGCUGAUGAUGAUGACGAUGAUAGCGAGGGCGGAGGUGUCGGGAUUUUGCAUCAGAAUUUGACUUCUGCAAGCAGUGCACUUCAGGGUUUGUUGAGGAAGCUAGGUGCAGGGUUGGAUGAUCUGCUUCCUUCAUCAGCAAUGGCGUCUGCUUCAUCAUCUCACCAAAGCGGUCGGCUAAAGAAGAUCCUUUCCGGUUUGCGUGCUGACGGGGAGGAAGGAAAGCAAGUUGAGGCUUUAACACAGCUGUGUGAUAUGCUUUCUAUUGGCACUGAGGAUUCACUUAGUACUUUCUCCGUGGAUUCUUUUGUGCCAGUGCUUGUUGGGUUGCUUAAUCAUGAGAGCAAUCCCGAUAUUAUGCUGCUUGCAGCCAGGGCACUCACACAUCUCUGUGAUGUGCUACCGUCUUCAUGUGCUGCCGUGGUGCACUAUGGUGCUGUUUCUUGCUUUGUUGCUAGGUUGCUUACCAUCGAGUACAUGGACUUGGCUGAACAGUCCUUGCAAGCUCUUAAGAAGAUAUCUCAGGAGCACCCUACUGCCUGCUUGCGAGCAGGGGCGCUAAUGGCAGUACUCUCUUAUCUUGACUUUUUCUCAACAGGAGUCCAGCGUGUGGCAUUAUCUACUGCCGCAAAUAUGUGCAAAAAACUUCCAUCUGAUGCAGCUGAUUUUGUCAUGGAAGCUGUUCCUUUAUUGACAAAUCUUCUUCAAUACCAUGAUGCCAGGGUUUUAGAGCAUGCUUCAGUUUGUUUGACUCGAAUUGCGGAGGCAUUCGCAGCAUCUCCUGAUCAGCUGGAUGAGCUUUGUAAUCAUGGAUUAGUUAAACAAGCAGCCUCUCUCAUAUCAACUAGCUGUUCUGGAGGUGGACAAGCAUCACUUAGCCCAUCUACAUACACGGGCUUAAUCCGAUUGCUAUCUACAUGUGCAAGUGGUUCUCCUUUAGGAUCCAAAACUUUGCUCCUCCUAGGGAUCAGUGGGAUUUUUAAAGAUAUAUUGUCAGGUUCUGGUCUUGUCGCAACAAUGUCUGUGUCACCUGCCUUGAGUAGACCACCGGAUCAGAUAUUUGAGAUUGUGAAUUUGGCAAAUGAGCUUCUUCCUCCAUUGCCCCAUGGAACCAUAACUCUUCCUGCCAGUAGUAAUGUAUUUGUCAAAGGGUCUCUAUUUAAGAAAUCUGCUGGAAGUUCUAGCAAGCAAGAAGAAAUGAGUGGCAGUGCACCCGAGGUCUCAGCUCGUGAGAAACUGUUAACUGAUCAGCCUGAGCUUUUGCAGCAAUUUGGGAUGGAUCUUCUUCCUGUUCUGAUUCAGCUAUAUGCGUCAAGUGCAAAUGCACCUGUGCGUCACAAAUGUCUCUCGGUUAUUGGGAAGUUGAUGUACUUCAGCACUGCUGAUAUGAUUCAAUCUCUACUUGGUGUGACGAACAUAUCAAGUUUCUUGGCUGGGGUUUUGGCUUGGAAGGACCCACAAGUCGUCGUACCUUCCCUUCAAAUCGCAGAGAUCCUGAUGGAAAAGCUUCCAGAAACUUUCAGUAAGAUGUUUGUGCGGGAAGGCGUUGUUCAUGCGAUAGAUACUCUUGCUGGAUCAUCUGGUAAUGCUCUUUCCCAACCAUUAUCAAGUGAGACGGUUAAUGAUUCUAUACCUGGAUCAUCCUCACGCUCGAGGCGUUAUCGACGCCGCGUUGGUACCUCCAAUACAGAUGUAAAUGCUGCUGAAGAUUUGAAAAACUUGGUCCCUGCUGUUGGUUCUCCCACAAAUUCAGUAGAAUUGCCACCUGUCAGUUCCAGUCUUCGGAUUGUAGUUAGUGCUAGUGCAAAAGCUUUCAAGGAUAAGUACUUUCCUUCUGAUCCAGGAGCUGUGGAAGUUGGUGUUACAGAUGAUCUUGUACAUUUGAAAAAUCUUUGUAAAAAGUUGGGCGCUGCUGUGGAUGAUCAGAAGAUAAAGUCCAAGGGGAAGUCCAAAGCUUCUGGCCACCGGUUUGCUGAUUUUUCACCUAGCAAGGAAGAAAACUUGUUAGGAGUGAUAACUGAGAUGUUAACAGAGCUAACCAAAGAUGAUGGGUUUUCCACAUUUGAAUUCAUUGGUAGUGGUGUUGUUGCUGCUUUGCUGAAUUACUUCUCUUGUGGACACUUCUCAAAAGACAAAGUAUCUGAAACAAAUAUGCCUAAGCUACGUCAGCUAGCUAUUAAAAGAUACAUAUCAUUUAUAGAAGUUGCACUUCCGUCCAGUGUCGAUGAGGCAAAGCGGGCUCCUAUGAGUGUUCUAGUUCAGAAGCUCCAAUAUGCUUUGACCUUCUUAGAACGUUUCCCUGUAGUGUUGAGCCACAGUUCUAGAUCUUCUACUGGAAAUGCACGCCUAUCUUCUGGUCUUGGUGCGUUAUCUCAGCCAUUCAAACUGCGUCUUUGCAGAGCGCAUGGUGAAAAAUCUCUCCGUGAUUAUUCUUCAAAUGUUGUCCUCAUUGAUCCAUUGGCAAGCUUGGCAGCUGUGGAAGAUUUUCUUUGGCCUCGUGUUCAGCGGAGUGACUCCAGCCAGAAAUCUUCUGCAUAUGUCGGUAACUCAGAGUCUGGAACCACACCUGCAGGAGCUGGUGCUUCAUCUCCAUCUACUCCUGCAUCUGCUACACGCCAUCACUCCACAAGAUCCAGGUCUUCAAUUAGCAUAGGUGACUCGGCCAAAAAGGAGACACCACAAGAGAAAAAUGCGAGCUCUUCAAAAGGGAAGGGAAAAGCUGUAUUGAAGUCUGCUCAAGAUGAGGGGAGAGGACCUCAGACAAGAAAUGCUGCUCGGAGAAGGGCUGCUCUGGAUAAAGAUGCACCGAUGAAAUCUGUAGAUGGCGAGUCUACUUCUGAGGAUGAGGACUUCGAUAUAUCACCUGUUGAUAUUGAUGAUGCAUUGGUGAUUGAAGAUGAUGACAUUUCUGAGGACGAAGAUGAAGAUCAUGAUGACGUGCUAAGGGAUGAUUCUCUUCCAGUUUGCAUGCCAGACAAAGUUCAUGAUGUUAAGUUGGGCGACUCUGCUGAGGAAAGACCUGUUGGUGCUGCAACUAGUGAUAGCCAGGCAAAUCCAGCUUCUGGCUCUAGCAGCAGAGGUACAGCCGUUCGUGGGUCAGAGUCUGCGGAGCUUAGAAGUGCGAAUUCGUUAGGUUCAAGGGGUACGAUGUCCUUCGCUGCUGCUGCCAUGGCUGGGCUUGCAUCGGCAAAUGGCAGAGGUAUCAGGGGCGGCAGGGAGCGGCAUGGGCGGCCCCUUUUUGGCUCUAAUGAUACUCCCAGGCUGAUAUUUUCUUCAGGCGGGAAGCAACUCAACCGUCAUUUAACCAUCUAUCAAGCUAUUCGGCGACAGCUUGUCCUGGAUGAGGAUGAUGAUGAGAGGUAUAAUGGGAGUGACUUUAUAUCUAGCGAUGGAAGCAGAUUAUGGGGUGAUAUCUUUACGGUUACAUACCAAAGAGCAGACAGUCAAACAGAUAGGGCAUCAGUUGGAACUGUGAGUUCUACAACUCCAUCUAAAUCUACUAAAGCCGGUUCUACCUCAAACUCCAAUGGUGAUUCACGGAUGCAUCAAAUGUCUCUGUUAGACAGCCUUUUGCAAGGGGAGCUUCCUUGCGAUUUGGAAAGGAACAACCCUACUUACAGCAUAUUGUCUCUAUUACGUGUAUUAGAGGGUUUAAACCAGCUUGCGCCACGCUUGCGUGUGCAGUCAGCAACUGAUCGUUUUGCUGAAGGAAAAAUCUCGAGUCUAGAUGACCUGAAUGUUACUGGUGUUAAGGUUCCUGUUGAUGAGUUUGUCAAUAGCAAAUUAACUCCCAAGUUGUCAAGACAAAUGCAGGAUGCUCUUGCACUUUGCAGUGGUAGUCUUCCAUCAUGGUGUUAUCAGUUGACAAAAGCAUGCCCAUUCUUGUUUCCUUUUGAAAUUAGGCGCCAGUAUUUCUACUCAACUGCUUUUGGGUUGUCUCGUGCAUUACAUCGGCUUCAACAGCAGCAGGGUGCAGAAGGCCAUGGAUCUAUGAAUGAGCGAGAGUUCAGGGUUGGAAGGUUACAGCGGCAGAAAGUCCGUGUUUCGCGGAAUCGUAUAUUAGAUUCUGCUGCGAAAGUCAUGGAGAUGUAUUCAAGCCAAAAGGCUGUUCUUGAAGUAGAAUAUUUUGGUGAAGUUGGCACUGGUUUGGGCCCUACCUUGGAGUUCUAUACCCUAUUAAGUCAUGACCUUCAGAAAGCGGGACUGAGAAUGUGGAGAUCUAAUUCUCCUGAUGUCAGCACAUCAGUGGAAGUUGAUCCUGAGGAGAAGAAAGCCGGCAAAACAAGUACCACACCUGCUUCUGGCAAGGGUGUUGGAGAUCUUGUUCUAUCUCCCCUUGGGUUAUUCCCGCGUCCGUGGCCUCUCACUGUCGAUACUUCUGAUGGUAGCCAGUUUUCUAAGGUAACAGAGCAUUUCCGUCUUCUUGGUCGUGUAAUGGCCAAAGCACUUCAAGAUGGGAGGCUUUUGGAUCUGCCCCUUUCAGCGGGGUUCUAUAAGCUUGUGCUUGGACAGGAACUUGAUUUGCAUGACAUUUCAUUGUUUGAUGCUGAAUUUGGCAAGACAUUAGAAGAGUUGCAAGCUCUUGUUUGCAGGAAACAGUACCUAGAGUCGAUACAUGACCGAAAUGAAAUACUAAACUUAAGGUUUAGGGGGGCGCCAGUUGAAGAUCUUUGCUUGGACUUCACACUUCCUGGUUAUCCUGAUUUUGUUCUGAAAUCGGGCGAUGACAAUGUUGAUUUAAACAAUUUGGAGGAGUACAUUUCUCUGGUAGUUGAUGCUACAGUCAAGACUGGUAUCACGCGUCAAAUGGAAGCAUUUAGAGCUGGAUUUAAUCAGGUUUUUGACAUUUCGGCUCUACAAAUUUUUUCUCCAAGUGAGUUGGAUUAUCUACUUUGUGGCCGUGGAGAAUUGUGGGAGGUUGAUACGCUUGUUGAACAUAUAAAAUUUGAUCAUGGAUACACUUCCAAGAGCCCUGCAGUGGUUAAUUUGCUUGAGAUAUUGGGAGAGUUCAAUUUGGACCAACAACGGGCAUUCUGUCAAUUUGUCACUGGUGCACCUCGGCUUCCUCCUGGUGGUUUGGCGGUGUUGAAUCCUAAGUUGACGAUUGUGAGAAAGCAUUCUUCAACAGCCAACAAUGCGGCAUCCAAUGCAGCUGGAUUGUCUGAAUCUGCAGAUGAUGAUUUGCCAAGUGUGAUGACAUGUGCUAAUUACCUAAAGCUUCCUCCGUAUUCCACCAAGGAGAUCAUGUACAAGAAACUCGUGUAUGCUAUCAGCGAAGGACAAGGAUCGUUUGAUUUGUCAUAAGUUAAACCAAUCAACCAAGUUGUGUAUAUUAUAUCCGAGAAUCCUUUGUGCCUUAACUUGUGAAUAAAGGUGGUCUCUUAUCAAGUUAAGGGUUUCCAGUGGAAUGGAUGGGAAAAUGAUUGAUGAUGAAGAAGAUGAAGAUGAAGAUGAAGAAAAAGAAAUUGUGGAGGUAGAAAGUUUUUGUAAAUAACUUCUACUGGAAUCACAUUUUGGUGCUGCUACUAUUCCCUUGAAAUUUUUGUUAUACAUCUCUGAUGAAAAGAUUGAAUCCUUGGUUUUUCUUUCAUGCAACUUUCUUUUUCAACUCUCUGUUUGUGUAUGAUUUUGUUUUUCAAACUCUUGAUGGCUGGCUGAA